AUGGCUCAGAUCGGCUGGUACGGCCUUGGAUCCAUGGGCCUCGCCAUGGCCCACAACCUGCAGCGGCAUCUUGCCGCCAAAAAGGCCCUGAGCCUGCUCUACUCCAACAGGACUAUGUCUCGAGGUGGGCCACUGCAGGCGCUCGGUGGUAUUCCUGAGCCUAGUUUCGACACACUCGUGUCUCGCUGUGGAAUUAUCUUCACUAUGGUUUCCGAUGACUCGGUCCUUCAAAGCUUGAUCUCAUCUGCUGUAGGAUCAGGCCACUCGCUCAAAGACAAGAUUUUUGUAGACUGCUCAACUGUGCACCCUCAGACGGUGAGCUCCGCCGUGGCCCAGCUCAAGGCGAAGGAUGCCUCGUAUAUCGCGGCUCCUGUGUUUGGCGGGAACCCCAUUGCCGUAGAUGGGAAGCUAGUGUUUGCUAUUGGCGGUCCUAAGAGCGCAACCAAUGUUGUUAAGCCGCUCAUUCAGGACGUUAUGGGGCGGAAGGUUAUUGAGUGUGGUGAAGAUGCUACCAAAUCGUCGCUGCUGAAGAUUGCCGGAAACAUUGUCACCGUGAACAUGAUGGAAGCAGUUGGUGAAGCGCAGGUCUUCGCCGAGAAGACCGGUCUUGGAACUGGCCCCAUGGAAGAGUUGAUCGGUGAGGCUUUUGGUCCUGUGGCUGGAGGAUAUUCAAAGCGGUUGACUACUGGCGCCUAUGCGCCACCCCUCGACACUCGCCCCGGCUUUGGCGUGUCCCUGGCUAUCAAGGAUGCUAGGCACGCGAUGGCGAUGGCCGAAGAGCAGGGCGUCAAGCUCCCUUCUCUCGAGCUAGCGCGCCAGAACAUGGAAACUGCCCGCGACUACGCCGGUGAGUGUCUCGACAGCAGUUCCAUGUAUGGAACACUGCGCCAGCAGGCCGGGCUACCAUUCUGGAAUGAAAAGAGCCGGAAGGAGUAG